UGAAACAUAAAAUAUAUCUUUUUUUAUUUUUUUUAUUUUUUUAUUUUGAUAAGCUAACAUAAAAUUAAAAUAUAUCUACUCUGCUGCGCCGCAAACUACAAACUACAAAUCGGUAACCUUAACCUAAAACUACAAACUAUUAAUAUUAUCUUCGGCGGCAACGUUCUCUUCCCACAAUUCUUCGUUUUUCCGAUCGAAUUUCGUCGAUCUGAGUUUGAGAGUGAACGAUGGGAGUUCCGGCUUUCUACCGAUGGCUCGCGGAAAAAUAUCCGAUGGUGAUUGUCGACGCAGUUGAAGAAGAACCUGUUGUUAUCGAAGGUGUUGAAAUCCCAAUUGAUUUGAGUAAACCAAACCCUAAUAAUCUCGAAUACGAUAACCUUUAUCUUGAUAUGAAUGGUAUCAUUCAUCCUUGUUUUCAUCCUGAGGAUAGGCCAUCACCGACAUCUUUCGAGGAGGUGUUUGAGUGUAUGUUUGAUUACAUUGAUAGGUUGUUUAACAUGGUGCGACCUAGGAAGCUGCUGUUUAUGGCUAUUGAUGGUGUUGCACCGAGGGCUAAAAUGAACCAGCAACGGUCUAGGCGGUUUAGGGCAGCUAAAGACGCAGCUGAUGCGGCUGCUGAAGAGUCAAGGUUACGGGAGGAAUUUGAAAGUGAGGGCAGAAAGCUUCCUCCUAAGGAAGAGUCACAAACUUUUGAUUCAAAUGUAAUCACGCCUGGAACUGAAUUCAUGGCUGUUUUAUCAAUUGCACUUCAGUACUAUGUUCAUCUUAGGCUGAACAAUGACCCUGGUUGGAAAAAUAUCAAGGUUAUUCUUUCUGAUGCAAAUGUUCCUGGUGAAGGGGAGCAUAAGAUUAUGUCCUAUAUUCGCCUUCAAAGAAAUCUUGAAGGAUAUGAUCCGAAUACACGACAUUGCCUGUAUGGUUUGGAUGCUGAUUUGAUUAUGUUGGGUCUGGCUACCCAUGAAAUCCAUUUUUCAAUUCUUAGAGAGGUUGUAUUUACUCCUGGUCCAGACAAAUGCUUUGUGUGUGGUCAAGUGGGUCAUAUGGCUGCAGAAUGUGAAGGAAAGGCCAAAAGGAAGUCAGGGGAAUUUGAUGAAAAGGGCGAUGCUAUUGUUGUUAAAAAGCCUUUCCAGUUUCUGAACAUUUGGACUCUGAGGGAAUAUCUGGAGUUUGAGAUGAGAAUACCUAAUGCUCCUUUUGAGAUUGAUUUUGAAUGCAUAUUGGAUGAUUUUAUCUUCAUAUGCUUUUUUGUUGGAAAUGAUUUCCUACCACAUAUGCCUACGCUGGAGAUUCGUGAGGGUGCAAUUAACUUGCUGAUGGCAGUAUACAAGAAGGAAUUUAAGGAAUUGGGUGGUUAUUUGACAAAUGGUAGUAAGCCAAAUUUGAGCAGGGUGGAGCAUUUUAUUCAGGCUGUUGGAUCAUACGAAGACAGCAUAUUCCAGAAAAGAGCUCGACAGCAACAGCGAACCGUGGAAAGAAUUAAGCGUCAAAAGUCACAAGCAAGAAGAGGAGAUGAUGUUGGGCCUCAAGUUCAACCUGAGUCUCUAGUUCCAGUUACACAAUUCCGCGGUUCUCGUCUCGCUUCAGCUCCAAUGGUUUCACCAUUUCAACAAGCUGGGCCCACCUCAGUCAGAAAAGGUAAUAAAGAAGUCCAUGAGAGGCCCAGUAAAGUUUCUAGGUCAUAUUCAGGAGCAACUGUUGCUGCUGCAAUCGUUGCAGCGGAGAAUAGCCUUUUAGAAGAUUAUUCUUCUGCUUUUCAGGCUCAAGAUAACAAAGACGACUUGAAAAUAAAGCUGAAGGGGAUACUUCGUGACAAAUCUGAUGUGUUCAACUCAAAAGGUGGUCAUGAGGACAAGAUUAAGUUGGGAGAACCAGGCUGGAAAGAGAGGUAUUAUGAAGAAAAGUUUUCUGCUCAAACUCCUGAAGAACUUGAUGCUAUACGGAAAGAUGUUGUCUUGAAAUAUACUGAGGGUCUAUGCUGGGUGAUGCAUUAUUAUUAUGAAGGUGUUUGUUCUUGGCAAUGGUUUUAUCCGUAUCAUUAUGCUCCCUUUGCGUCUGAUCUCAAGGACCUUGGUGAGCUCAAUAUUAACUUUGAGCUGGGUACUCCAUUCAAACCAUUUGAUCAGCUUCUUGGAGUUUUUCCUGCUGCAAGCUCUCAUGCUCUGCCCGAGCCGUAUAGGAAACUUAUGACUGAUCCCAACUCGCCAAUUAUUGACUUCUAUCCAAUAGAUUUUGAUGUGGACAUGAAUGGCAAACGCUAUGCUUGGCAGGGUAUUGCAAAGUUACCUUUUAUUGAUGAAGCCCGUCUCCUUCAGGAAGUGCGGAAAAUAGAAGACUUGUUAACGCCAGAGGAAAAGCGACGAAAUGCAAUAAUGUUCGAGAUGCUUUUUGUAAAUUCAUGUCAUCCUCUCUCUGCGUGCAUUAGUACACUCGACAACAAAUGUAGAAACAUGUCCAACUCUGAACGCGCUGAUGUCAAAGAAAAAAUUGAUCCCAAUGAAAGGGAUACAUGCAGUGGUGGAAUGAAUGGUUACAUAUCCUUAUGUGGUGGAGAACCUUGCCCUCCCAUCUUCAGGUCCCCUAUUGCAGGCAUGGAAGACAUUAUGGAUAAUCAUGUCAUAUGUGCAAUAUAUAGACUUCCAGAUGUACAUGAACAUAUAACCCGACCUCCACAUGGAGUUAAAUUUCCAAAGAAGAUUGUGACUCUUGGGGAUCUAAAACCUGAACCCGUGUUAUGGCAUGAGGAUAAUGGUAGGAGAUUUAAUGAGGGUAAUGGUAGGAGAUUUAAUGAGGAUAAUGGUAGGAGAUUUAAUGAGGAUAAUGGUAGAAGAUUUAAUGAGGAUAAUGGUAGAAGAUUUAAUGAAAGUGGAAGGAGAAACCCUCCAGGAGCUAUAUCCGGUCGGGAGCUAGGAGAUGCAGCACACAGAAUGGUUGCAAAUUCAUUACAGAUCAGGACGGACUCAAAUAGAUACCAGCAUGCUAAUGGAUCUACAAUGCCUUAUAAUGGACCAAGGGGACAGAGACCAUCACACCAUGGCCAUAACUAUGGAUCACACCCUGGCCAAGAUUAUAGAUCACGCCCUGGCUAUGCCGUAAUGCCGCCUUUAUCAGUUCCUCCGCAGUAUAUACCAUACGCUGCUGUCCCUCCAGUGGAGUAUGGUUAUAAUCAACCAUACUCUCCACCAGUGCUGCCUAGUCCUCAUCAACACCAAUCAAAUUCUUUUCCAAGAGGGGACCACCAAAACCCUAGAUCACAACAUUAUGAAAGAAAUAGCCAUCAUGUUAAUGGUGGAAAUGCAAGGCAUUCCUCAGGAAACAAUCAGAAUCCUCAUUUUACAAAUACACAAGGUUCAUUUGCCCAUCAAAGUCACCACGGCGCUGGUCGCCACAGCCGAAACUUCCGACCAUUUAGAGGUUCUACUACCCAUUGGACUUCUUCGGCUAACCCUAGUGGGUCUAGGGAAUACGGUCAACAUUCGGCCAAUCAUUAUUCUUUAUUAGAUAGAGGAGCAAGCCGGAAGCCGAGGCCUCCAACCAAUCAUAAUCACAAAUAAAUUAUCCCUUAUAGGGAGUAUCUUACCCGACGCUAAUUUUAGAAUUGUUGUACUAUGUAUUUCUUUCGCCCAUUUAGAUUUGUGUGAGCUGUGCACUACUAUUUUCACUGUCCAAACAUGAACAGAGGAACAAUUGUGUAAUCCUAGGACUCAAAUUUGGUUACAUUGUCAUUCAAUUUGAAAGGCCUUUCAAUUGUUAUUUA